GUUCCGUUUCAGAAGAAGGGGAUGCCAAACCAUCGAGUUGCCGGCAUCCUCACAGACUUUAAUUUCUUAAACAUUUUUUCAGCUGGACAGGGAAUUCUGUGGCAUCUUGAAAAAGAUGGGACAGGCUGUCAUAGGAGAGCAAGCUAUGGCUGGAGAGAAAAUGCUCAGGAUGCCCAGCUGCCUCCUAAAGCCCACCAGGGUCAUGCUGAGCCACAAGCCCUGGGCCCUGUUUAUCCUCAUCUUUGUGUUUGUAUCCUUUGCCUACCACAAGUUGUACUGGGGCAUCUGGGAGGACCCAAAGAGCAGAGGCCUCCCCUACGGCUCGUCUGCUGAAAUCAGCUGUGCUCACUAUGUGCCUUCUUCCCUCAACAUUGCUGGUGGGCCCUCUCCUUCUACAGGAAGUGUGUUUUUUGUGGAGACCUCAGAGCAAACUACCCCAAGUUACCUGUUCUCAUGCUCUGUGGAGUCAGCGGCCAGAGCACACCCCGCAUCAAGAGUCGUGGUGCUCAUGAAAGGCUUGGCCAAAGAGAAUGCCUCCUUACCCAAGCACUGGGCUUUCUCCUUGCUGAGCUGCUUCCCCAACGUGGAAAUCCAGCCCCUCGACUUGACAGACCUCUUUUCUGGAACACCUCUAAAAAGGUGGUAUAUGUGGCCUCUACGCCACUGGGAGCCUCAUUUUUUACCUGUCCUC